CGUGAUUGGUGAACUGCCAUCAGGAACAAGUAAUGCCAACGAACCUAAUAAUUGAAAAGCGCCAUUUGUUCAGUGCCAUCUGUCCUUUCUCCUCCCACUCUCAACAUGAUACCCUUCAAUCUUGAAUGGUCGUCGUUGGCGAUCCUAGCGAUAGGAUUGCUUUCUAUACGUCCGUUGAGGGCAACUGCCCAACAGACCACAGCUUCCUGUCUGUCGCAGUUCAACUGGAUGGACAAUAGCAAGAACCAGAAUCCCUGUCUCGUCGCUGCUUACGUGCAAGGCGAGUGUUCCGGUGGUCAAUUUACUGUUGAUCAACUGGAUCCUAACACUCACUACGUUGGUCCUUACGUCGACGAGGCAAAUCCUUGCGAAUGCAGCACUGUAACAUACUCUCUCAUCAGUGCUUGCUCUAUUUGUCAAAAUCGUACCUACAUCGCCUGGAGUUCAUGGUCUACCAAUUGCUCCACGGUUUACCCUGGAUACCCAGAGAGCAUUCCCACCGGGACUGCUAUACCUCAGUGGGCUUAUCAAGAUGUCGUAACAACUGAUGAUUUCAAUGUAACUCUUGCUCAAGCAGUUGGAGACAGUCCCGAGUCGACAGCCACCACAGCGCCAGCCACUGCUACCAGCGUCUCCACCACUACGGGCGUAGUUGCUUCUCUCACUGCAGCGCCAAGCUCUUCUACAACGUCCUCAUCCCAACCUUCUUCAAAGUCCACCAAUACAAGCGCAAUUGUGGGAGGCGCAGUGGGCGGGGUAGUUGGACUGGCAGCCAUAGCCGGUCUAGCUACUUGGUUCUUCCUUCGCCGUCGCCGACAAGCAACGCCUUUCAGCGCUACAGACGGUGGAGCACCGCCCCCAGCGACCAAUAGCAUGUACAUGGGCUCAAGCCCAUUCACUUCUCUUGCCACUCAACCGAAACUCUAUGAUCCAUCUGAUCCCAGCACGUUCCCUACCUCACCACCCUCCCCGACUAUCCAAACGAGCCCUUCCAAUGGUUACCAAAAUCCCUCUGUUCACUCUAACUUAUACGCCUUUCAAAGCGGGCGUCCUGGUGGAUAUAAUGGCGUUCCCGAACUUUAACUGGUCAUUUGCUUGGACGCCUGACUUCCUACUCCUGAUCGUCCAAAUUGUCUCGGCAUCGGGUG